AUGGUCUCUGCUGAAGCUAAAUUUGAUGAAACCCUUGAACACAAAGAUGAGGGGAAGAGUGGGACUGUUGGUCCAAAGUCCUCAGUGGAAAGGCUGGGAAACAAGACAAUCUCUGAUGUUAAAAGAAAGCCUCUAGUUUCAGAAUAUUUUUUAUAUAUUGGAGGCGAUAUAUUUUCCUUCAUUGGUUCAUGUCCAUCUGAAUUUCAUUCCUGUUGUUUGCAGGAGAAGCUACUUUCAAGUAAAAACAGGACAGAGGUUUCUGUCGGGAAGAAAUUGAAAAAACACAUACUUCCUGAAGUUGAGAAGGUCCAAAAGAGAAAAGAGAAACUGUUAAAGAAGCAACAUAGACAAGCUCUUAUGCUUGAUAACUUGAUAAACAUUGAUGGUCUUGGUGCUGGUCGCUCCCUUCGUGAUAGAAAACAUGUCACUUAUACCUUUGAUGAUUAUGAUCGAUCCAUUAAUGAGGCUAUCAAGGUCACCAAGAAGAAACAUCCUUCCCCGGAACCUUUUGACAGAAGAGAUCUUCAAGUGAAAAAUGAAGCUUCUACAAAUGGCGGAUGGAGUGGUCCUUCGCAAUAUUCUAGACGUGCCUCAUUCAGUUCUCUCUCCCCCGUAUCACCUGACAACGAUGAAGUUUUUGAUGACCACAAAGCUGAAACAUUGGAUUACAGCAAUCGCCAAAGGCAGAGGCCUCAGAGGUUGAAAGAGUUUGUUGAAGCUAUCUCGGAUAACGAGGUAGACUCUGAUAGUGAUGAUGAUAUUGUUGGCGAAGUUGUAUAUGAUGAAGAAUAUCUAAGGAGACGGAAACAGAGGAGGAAAAUAUCGAGUGGCUCCGAAGGAGAUGAAGAGUACAACUGGGAUGAAGAACAUCCCGAAGAGGAGGAGGAGGAAGAAGAGGAUGAUGCCUUGAGUACAAGUGAGGAUAGUGAUGAGCCCCGUAAAUUCAAAACAUUGCCAUCCCGCACCAGGAGAGAAACCAAAUUGAGGUCAGUCGAUGAGCUUCAGUCAGGCCUUAGACGCAGUAAAAGGGCAACCAGAACUCGUAUUGAUUAUAGACAGAUUGAGAUGUCUGAAUCAGAAACUGAAUCAAUGAAACCUGAGAAGUCAAAUGCAUUAGACAAGCACCCAACUGCUAGUGAUGAAGAGUUCUCGAUGGGAAGUCGGGAUUCAGUGUCGAGCAAUGAAAAGCACGAGCAAGUUGAUCAGCCUACCAAGGACCAACUCGAGACAAAUGAUGAGGAGCAAACACAUCCACCAGAAAAAUCAAAUGAGACAGAUCAAGACAAAGUUGAUGGUGUAUGGAAAAGGCAUUUUCUUGAUCUCAACGAGCUUGCCCCAGGUUCUGGCUUUGAUGACAUUCCCAAUUCUAUGAAAGACGAAGAUAAAGAUAAUUUCUGAAGCCCGUCCAUCAAAAGGCAAGGAUUGUAGCUUUUCUCACAAAGAAGCUGAUAUGUAUGCUAGUAAAUUGUGGGAAAUCCACUAUACAGUGACUAUUAGAGGGUUCUUCCUUAGCGAAAUUUAAACAUCAUUGUACGGUUUAUCUAUGUUUCGUUCUGGUAGAAUCCGCGUUGAGCAAGAUUAUGUAGUUUCGGUAAUUCUUAGUAUGUCUUGAUUCAUCAAAAAACAAAUGAUGGUAUGGAUGGGAAAUUUCCAGUGGGAGUUCUUGUUCAUUCUCAUCCAGUCACUGCAGUAACUUCUAUAACUGAUAGCAACAAAAGAUUUUGCUUUAUGAUGCUCUA